AUGAAGAGAAAGUCAGACAGUGCCAUUGCAGAGGAAACUUUAGUGGCCAAAAAAGCAUCUGUUGUCAUUCCUAAUUUCAUAUCCGUCGAUGAUGCGCUCCAUUUUUUGUACGGUAUAUUUCCUUCGCUGUCAUUCAAGCCGGCUAUCCGACCCACGCUAGUUAGGUCGCAAAUUUACACUCUGGUUAACAAUCGGACUUCGGUAGAUGCGCACUUGAAUAAGCUACAGAAUACUGGGAAAAUCCGCUUGCUAAAGCUAGAAGAUGAAACAGAUGACUCCUUGGGCAUAAUGCUCUCAGAGGAUUACACCGCUUCGUUCAAGGACAUUGAAAGGUUUACUUCCAUUGUACUGAUGGAGCAGCGCGCAUUGUGUGUGAAUAAGUCAACCCUCCUGAAGACCUUCUCAGAUACACAGAUCACUACUCUUGUUCAGUCUGGUGCUUUAACGACCCGAACGAGUGGUCUGUGGUGGGUUUCUUCUCCCUGCCUUGGUAGAUUCCUCAAAGCUUAUAAGACGGGGCAACGAGCGUUGCUUGCAAUGUUGCGACGCCAACGGUUCAAGGAACUUUUGUUAUCGGAUAUCGCAAAGCGCGAACUUGGCAAAGGCGCUAUCCUCGGAUAUAUGUACCAUGUGUUGGCUCAUUUAGGCUCUGGUACACUUGUUUCCGUUCCCACUGCGUCUGGUCCCUUGAUUCGACUUCGCAUGGGUUGAUUUUUGUACAGUUUGCAACUCCAUGUUUUUUCUUCAUGGUAUCCUCUUCCGCCGUAUUCGCUACCUGACUUUUGUAGGCUGAAUGACGCUAUGAAAACGGUCUUCUUCCAAUGUGAUGAUAAUGUGUUGAAAAAUUGGGGCUUUUAAAAGCAUUUUAUCUAGGGUGUGGUCGCAACCCGAGGUCAGUCACACUAGAUUGAGCCGCAUUUCGGACGUGAGCCGGUCAUUCUUCGAUUCCGUAGACUGAUCACGAUUCUACGAUGUAAAUCACAUUCAGGCUUAGGUUUUAGAGACGGUUUAUCCAAGUAGGCGGUACCAGACCCGCAUUCUCCGAAGCAAGGAAGAUAUUCUCACCAUGCUCUGUACGGAUGAUAUUGCUUUUCACCUGACCUCAUGACUCGUAUCUUAUUAUCUGUUCCCCUUUUCCCUACGAUUGUGUUCUCCCCUCCCC